AUGACUAUCAAUACCCAGGUGGUGCUGGACUACACAUUACACGACCUCUACUCCAUCGACAACGAUGGAUCCCCUAUUCCCGCCCUGGUUUACGACUCUCAGCCGGUGGAGGACUAUGCCAUGAUACCUUCCGCCAAAUACGUCUACCACCUGGCGGCUCAAGAAGGUUCGGACAAGAUGUUGAUACUGUUGACGAGGAGUCAGACUGAGCGGCGCGUGUUUCUGGCUGGGAAAAUGCCAGUUUUCGUCAUGGACUUUGCGUACUCCCAGAAUGAGCAAGACACAGAAGCUCUACCAGCGGAUAAGGCGGAUGUGUACAGGCACCUAUCAACGAUGCGACACGACCAGCAACCUGCUCUCACAUUUGUGAAGAGAGCUGACCAAAUCAAUCUACCACCAAGUGUACCUGUGGCCGUGGUAGUUCCAAUUGAUCCGUUUGCGCCUCUACUUCAUAUCGUUGACCCAGACGUGCAUUUUUGUAUUCUAGCAAAGCGAGGACUCGCAGUUUCUGGAUUGCCCACGCCGCCAUCCACUGUGGUUGAUGUGGCUCUCCCACUCGAUCAGCUGAAGGAUGAUACCAAAAUGGGACGGGAGAUUGCACGCAUGCUUGAACUUAUCGACACCUACCAUACACCAUUUGUAGUGAAGUUACCCCAAUCUGUGGCGGCUAUGGGUACUUUUGCAAUCCUUUCUGAUGACGAUAGAGUACGGGUGAAGGCCAUACUCAGCACUCAUAUGCGUGUUAUGCUGAAACAGAUCAACGUUGCCAACUACCAUCUCAACCCUUGUUCUCUGAUCUUCCAGAACUUCGUUGCAGGAACAGAGGUAGCAUUGUCGUUUUUCGUCACACAGACUGGACGUUGUAUCUUCGUUGGGUGCUUCGAUCAAGAAUUUGAUAAAGAGGGGCGCUGGUCAGGCGGCUCCAUCUCAUACCCUGACCAACCGGCGCUGGAGGAGAAAUACGCAACGACUAUAGAGAAGACUGCCCAAUUUCUACAUGAAAAGGGGUACUAUGGUCCGGCGGGAGUUGAUGUCCUGACAGACAGUCAAGGAAAUCAAUACGUUGUUGAUCUAAAUGUUCGAUUAACGGGGCUCUGCCAUCUAGGUUUCCUUAAAGGCCAUUUCACCAGAAGAGGUCUUGACGUGGCUUCAACAGUGACAGGAUUUUUUACCUGUUCUCGGGAGAUGGUCGAAAAGGCAUUCUACAACGAAUUCCAAGGAGGAAGCCUCCUCAUAAUUGCCUGGUCGUAUGAUGAUUCGAUGAAACUAAGCUGUGGAGCAAUUGGCGUGGGAGGAAAGUCGGCCUCGGAUAUAGAGCGAUUGGCUGCUAGAAUCCGGGAGUAUACCACACCAGGCGGCCAUUAUUAG